AUGUACUACACAACAAUUCCACUCGUCUCUGAGAGACCUAACAACAGGUGCUGGGAUGCCUCAAAAUUGCACGAACUCCAGAAGAGGCUAGAUUCUGGUACAAUGACCGUGGAGGAAACUGAUCAAGUUGCUGGUGACUUUUUGGAUGGCGAGAUUGUUGACUUGGCCUCGGACUGGCUGGGCAACACGGUGGGUAUCCCCACACCAAGUCCAGUUGCCAUGGCUCGUUUCACGCCCCACCUGUCACAUUUGUGCACACACAAAUUGGCAUCUUUAACCGUUGUCAGGAUUGUCAACCAGAAGAUCGAGUUCAAAGCAUCCCGUCAAAUUGUCCAGGCAUUGUUCUUGUCUCCCGGGGGCCAUGUUCUUACUGACGUGUUGGGCGACCAAGUGAACGGUGUGGCGGUUGUGCACGAGAUCUUGACUAGCCCGUUCAUUGACCCUAUUGACAAGCCAACUUAUAUCAAAGCCACUAAGUGGGUUUUAAUCGAGCUCCUGUCUAUCGCUCUCGCUGAUCUCAACAAUCUCAAGGAACGUUUCACUGGGGCAAUACAACAUGCAUCAUGGAUGAACAGAUCUGAUAGUACUCAGCUGACCAGUGCUUGUGAUGAAGUGAGAUGGCAAUAUGUAUUCAGCCCGGAGACGAAGGCGAAACAACAAGGAAGGAUCUCUACUUGCUCAAAUGAAGCUUCCUCAACACCCCUUUCACCCAUUUCUUCACCCGCCCUUCACCCACUGCUCCCUCGACUCCCUCGAUGUUUCUUCUCACCCCCGUUUGCGAUGAUCUUCAGCUUCGCAAAGCCGCAUUCCUUAUCUCUGCUUGCUCCGCCUGGAUCCUGCAAGCGUGAUCCAAGCUACAGUACAACUAAAUCGGGCCUUGGGCCUUGGGCCUUUGCUAUUAUUAUCACUUAA